AUGGCGCGGGCUGCGGCAGAGCUUCGCGCACAGGAGGAGAGGGCGGCGCAGCUGGCUUCUGAGCAGGAGGCUGCGAGGCGAGCGGAGCGCGAGGCGGCAGAGCUAGCGGGUGCGGCGAAGCCGCGGCAAGAGUACAUCAGCCGCAAGCGCGAGGAGUUUGCUGUCGCGGGCAGCCAGACGGCGACGCAUGCCUUCGGGACACCCUACCUUCGCAGCUGCUCACUCGACGCCGUCCUGUCGUGGAUAGCAUUCCUCUUCAUCUGCUGGCCCAUCGGGGUCGUGCUCGUGCUGUCCGGCUGCUGCGGCCCGCUGCUGUUCCAGAGGUUCGCCAUGUGGUGCCUGACCGGCCCGCUCCGCAACUCGCUGCUUGGUGUGCUGCUGAUGCGGAUCCCGUCGCUGACCUAUGACCUGGCGAUGAACGGGUACCAGUUCCUCUUUCAGGGGUUUGAGCAGCGCAUGUGGACCGACACGCUGCUGCCGGCCAGGCGCGAGUACCUCGACGCCAACUUUGGGCGCAACCUCAUGCUCUGGGACACAUGCCCGGGCGAGGAGCACGCCGUCGCCGUCAUCUCGAUCGUGGUGGGUGCCUUCCUCGACUACCACAAGCCGGCCGGAGGCGGGCCGCCCGAGAACACGCGCACCGCCGGCGACGCGGAGGCGACGAGCGAGCCGCGGGCGGCGCUGCGCGAGGAUGCGGAGCUGGCAGAGGCGCUGCGCCGGUCAGAGGUGGAUGCGGAGGAGGAGGCUCUGGCGCGUCGG